AUGUUGGCGGGAAGCAAUGCGCGCAUCCUGCGCUACAUUGUUGUUGCCGGUAUUAUUUUGAUGUUCUUUUACCUCUUCUCCGGCUCUCGCUACGACACCAUCUCGCGACCCGUUCCGGCCCCUAACCACGCCCAAACUGUUUCGCAGUCAAAUCUUCAAAAUGCUCCUGCUGCCAGCCGCCAUGUCGAUUCCACGCAAAAGCCCAUGCCUGCCGAUCGCGACCGGCAAGAUGUGGUUUCCCCGAAGCCCGCCACCGUCAGCACCGAUGCUCCCGCUUCCAACCCCCUCGCCGACAUCGAUCCUGGCCCUCGCGCCAAUGCCACCUUUGUGACCCUCGCGCGCAACGCCGAUGUCUGGGACAUUGCUCGCUCGAUUCGCCAGGUGGAAGAUCGUUUCAACCGCCGCUUCAACUACGAUUGGGUUUUUCUCAACGAUAAGCCCUUUGACGACAACUUUCGCAACAUCACCUCGGCCCUCGUCUCCGGCACGGCGCACUUUGGCCAGAUCCCCGUCGAGCACUGGUCCGUGCCCGAUUGGAUCGACGAGGAAAAGGCCAAAAAGGUGCGCGAGGACAUGAAGGAGCGCAAAAUUAUAUAUGGUGACUCCAUCAGCUACCGCCACAUGUGCCGCUUCGAGUCUGGCUUCUUCUUCCAGCACCCCAUAAUGCAAAACUAUGACUUUUACUGGCGUGUCGAGCCUAGCAUUGAGCUCUUUUGCGACAUUCCGAAGGACCCAUUUCGCUUUAUGAAGGAAAAUGGGAAAAAGUACAGUUUCACGAUAAGCCUGCUCGAGUACGUCGACACCAUUCCUACACUCUGGGACAGUGCCAGGAAGUUUAUGGAGAAUUAUCCCGAGCAUGUGGCCGCCGAUAACUCAAUGGAGUUUCUUAGCGACGAUGACGGCCAGACCUACAACAUGUGCCACUUUUGGUCCAACUUCGAAAUUGGAAGCCUUGAGUGGAUGCGCAGCGAUGCCUACGUCGAAUUCUUCAAUUCGCUCGACCAAGAUGGCGGCUUCUUUUACGAGCGCUGGGGCGAUGCCCCGGUUCAUUCCAUUGCUGCUGGCAUUCUUCUCAACAAGACGGAGCUUCACUUCUUUGACGAGAUUGCCUAUUUUCACAUGCCAUUUACACAUUGCCCCAAUGAUGCCCAGGCGCGCAUUGACCUCAAGUGCCACUGCAAUCCCAAGGAUAACUUUGACUGGAGCAGAUACUCUUGCACCUCCAGGUACUUUGAGAUGAUGGGCAUGCAAAAGCCCGACGGCGUGGACUGA